AGCUGUAUCGUUAGAUAACCCGGUAGUAGCCUUGUAAAGAAUUGUGAACGAUUAAAAAUAGAGAAUAUUUUUUGCAUACAGUGUGCGGUUCUGCAUUUUAUUUAAAAUUAUAUUUGAGAAUGUAUUGUAGUUGCCUAUGGUGAACAGUUAUUGAGUACUUUUGCCUGCUGAGAGACACAGCAGUGGACUAAGUAAAAAGCAGGAAGUGACUGGCAUGCCGUCUUUCAGACAUGGCUUGAGCUGCCUGGCUGAUGUUUCUCGUGCUUGAUUUAAACGGUUUAGUUAUUUAUGUUUGUAGACUUUGUUUUCAACAAACAUGAACAACGUGGAGAGUUCAAAUCCAGUGGCUACAGAAGAUGCAAUUUCUGUCCACGAUUUUUCCGAAAAGAUUCUGGAGCAGGUUGUGCAUUUUCAUGUUAUGAAAAUGAAAGGGGGAUUUUUCCUUUGGGUCGGUACAACUCCUAAUCUGUCCAAUUUGGCUGUUGCAAUGAGUAGCAAAUACGACGCAACGCCCCUGUCCACAUUACUCCUGGGCGACCCGUCAGACACCACUCCAAAUUCAUUGUCUCAAAGACUUGGAAGACAAAAAAGCAGGUUUUUGUCAGCUACAGUCUUCCCACUACAGAAGCCAACUUAACCUUACUGGUGGAGAACCGAAUAAAGAAAGAAAUGGAGCAGUUCCCUGAAAAAUUUUAAUUUUUUGUGUUUUUGUUUUAUAUUAAAAUUAUUAAUAAUAAAAGAGAUCAAGACAAUCCUAA